AUGCAACAGCAGCAGUCCUCGACGAACUCAAACUCGUUCUCCAGUCUCAACAACCUCAACAACAGCACUGCCACCAACAUCCAGCCAUCCGCCUCGCAACUCAUACUCGACUCCCCAGAACCACCGAUCACACCAUCAAAGGACCACCUCAAAGAACAGCUAGCAGCCCUUCGGGUAAAGCUCGAAAGAGCCGAAGCCAUCCAACGCGGCGCUGAAAACUUGCUACAUCAGGUCGGGGCUGGCCAAGGCCUGAAACGCAAGGACAACGAUCUAUCCUCUCAACCCAACAGCUCGAUCGGAGGCUCCUCGACGACCACCACCGCGAGCACUCUUCAUGCAUCCGUUGAGGCCGAGUUGGAUCUGGCCAACCGAAACGUGAAGGCCCUGGUCAAAGAAAUCGAAGCACUCGAAGCACUCUCAGGUUCAUCUAUUUGA